AUGUCAGAAAUCGAUGAUCUCAAAAGUCAAAUUACACGUGUAGGAAACUUGAUCGAAAUAGAAACGGAUGAAGAGAGUCUGAGAGAUUUGGAACAAGCAAAAGCAGAUUUAGAAGAACUUGUAGCUUUGUUAGAAGAGGAAAAAGAAGAAGAGGCAGGGCCAAGUGAACAGAUAAAAGAAGAAGCAGCAGUUGAUGAAAAAGGAAAAAUAUCUUAUGGAAAAUCAAUGGGAAAAGAAGAAACUGACGGAGAUGACGACGAUAACUCGCCUGACAAUAUUCUCGGCUCCAGAUGCAUGGUACCUUUUGUUUCCGAUCGAUCACUUCCACUUCACACUGCAAUCAUCAUGGAAAUCGAAUCAUCGACUCGUGUUCGUGUUCUGUUUUCUCAUCCAACAUGCAUUGCAAUGAAGCCAUGCUCUCAUUUCCUUUCUUCGAAUUGUCGAUACAGUGAGAAUUGUCGUUUCAGCCAUGGAUAUUCUGUUGAAUUAGAACGAAUUGAAGAUUAUCAAGAACCAGAUUAUUCUUCAAUUGUAGAACAAGGACUUGUAUUGGUGAAAGGUGAAAAAAAUUUAUGGGAAAUGGGAAGAAUUAGUGCAAUCGAUGGACAGAAUGUGGCUGUGAAAUUGUUGACGAGUGGUAGUGAAGUAUCGGCAAAACGUGGGGAUUUGGUACCUCUGGGAGAAGUUGAAGAACAAGAAAAAGAUGGAUCAUGGAUGGAAUUGAAGCAAGAAACACUUGGAAAUGUAUCAGUUGGAGAGUUGGGGAAAUGGAAUGGAGGAGGAGGAAUCGGGAUGAAAUUAAUGAUGAAAAUGGGAUAUAAGGUUGGAGAUGGACUCGGAAAGCGAAGCGAUGGAAUUGUUCAUUCGAUUCAAGCGAGGAUUUGUGCAAAGAAUGCGUCACUCGAUGAAGUAAUGAAUAGAAAACGAAAAGUUGUCGAUGGAAAAGAGAAACACAAAACGAAGAAAAUCAAAAAAUUGAAUACUUCUGAUGAAUCAGAAAAAGACAUCUUCGCGUUCAUCAAUAGAAAAUUAGAAAAAAAAUCGGAGAGAACACUUGCUGAUGUGAGAAAAGAAAAAGAAGAGAUGGCUGGUUAUUCUGCAAAAUCUCUUGGCGCGAAAAAUCUUGAUCUGGAAUCUGAAAUGAAGCAAUUAGUAGGAAAACAGAAGAAGCUGAGAGAUGGAAUUCGUCGAAAUCAAAAUGAUAAGAAUACAGUGGCCAAAAUGACAGUAUCCCUUCUAGAGGUUGAUGAAAAAAUUGCGAGUGUAAAUCGGAAAUUAAGAAGAGUGAAAGAUGAAGUCAGUUCGAGAAAUUCAAAACGGAAAGACGAGUUUUAA